UCAAUGAUUGUGAGUUUUAAUAACAUAACGGUGACUGCACAGUUAUAAUGAAGAAAAGUUUUAAUUAUUAUAUUUAAAUGCGAUCAAAAUAAUUAAUGAUUGCAAGCAGACGAAUGAUACAAUAUUUUAUUUAAACAAAAUGACGUCGGUGCAAGAUAGACUGAAAUUUAAACGCAUAUCAUGUGAUACAUGGAGUACUCGCGAACAACUUUGUUUAGCAUCAAGUGUAUUAAAAUCUGGAGAUCAAAACUGGAUGAGCGUAUCACGUUCUUUAAAACCUUUCGUAGAAAAGGAAGCAUUACGACCACCUGAUUGGUUUUCUCAAAAAUCUUGUGCAAUACAAUAUGCAUAUCUUUUGGAAAAUGCAGACACUCCAAAACGGAAAAAAAGAGAAAGUGGAGAAACUACAGGAGAAUCUAUUGUUAGAAGAUUAACACAAGAGAGAAUAGCAGAAUUAGGACAAAUAUUAGCUUUUCAAAGAGAUGAGUACCAACAGCUUAAAACAGAAGUAAACCUAUUAAAAUCAGGUUCUAUAACAGAAGAAAAAUUACAAAAAAUGUGGCAUGCUAUCGAGCAAGAAGAACGUGAACAAGAACAAAAAGCGAGAGCACAUUCUGCUUGGCUUGUAAAACGACAGCAAAAACAAGAAAUAAUGGUUUCACAAAAUGUCCCUGUUAGAAAUCAACGUAAAGUAAUAGAAACACCUGCAGAAUUACCAGAAUCAUCUGAUAUUUCAAUGGAAGACGAUGAAAAGAAAGGAAGAGGUGGUCGUUCUCCAUUAUUAACAAGUUUAUUAAAGUCUCCUAGUCCAACAACUCAGAUACAAACAUCAACAUCAACCGCACAGAUAAGUUCUCCUACUAUUACCAGUCUUCUUGGAUCUAGUCCUAAAAUACCAAAUUCACAAAUGACGCAAAGUGUAUCUUCUUCUAUGCAUCAAUUGGUACCAACUCCAAUUACAAAUGUUAUUCCUGAAAGACCAUCAGUUGGUGCACCAACACUUUCAAUGUUAUUAGAAAUGCCUGCAAAUGCUCAAAGAGGUCCACUACCAAAUUUGCAGGUACCUUCAACUAUAGUAUCACAACAAACUAUUUCUACAGAGGUUCAUAAUCUUCAAAAUCCAGUUUCUCAAACACCUAUUCAAAAUGAAGUAACUGUACCACCUGCAACACUUACAAUCCCUACUACAACAAAUAUACCAGUAUCAGAAAGUAUGGUGCAAAUAAUAGAUCACAUAGAUGACGUAAUUAGAAAAGAUAUAAUGAUAGACAAGGAUGAAAUAAAUGAAAUUAUUGGAGAUAUAGAAGAAUUAAUAAAAGAAGAAAUAACAGGCAGUCCACAAACUUUAGACUCUGUUAAUACAAAUACAGUAAUUAAUAGUAUUACUAUUCCUCAAUCUCAGGAUAUUCCACAGAUACCUGAACGUCCAGAGCCUAGAGAUGUUGAUGAAGCUGUUUCACUCUCUGAUUCUCCACACAGUGAGGAAAUGGCUAUUGAAGAAAUAGAUUCUAGUACUUCUAAUAUUGCAGAGAUUAUAGGAACAGUUGCUAUAGAACCAUCAGAAUCCAAAGUUAUCAUUGCAGAAAUAUCAGAAACUGUAUCUAAUUCCCAAGAAGAAGAGAAAUCAGAAGCAAAUACGUAUGAUGACAGAGUAAUUCCAAAUGAAGAAGUUGCUCCAGAAGUAGAAAAUAAUAUUGAAGAUAAUAAUAAAACGAAUACAACGGUAGAGGAAAAACAAAUCAUUGAAGAUCUUGAUAUUUUAGAUUCAGUAUCAAAUGUAGAAACAGAAGAAAGUGAUUCAAAGACACCUGAUGUAAAAGAAAGUGGUGAAGGUACUAUUGAAGAAGAAAUGGAUGAGGUAGAAGAAGAAGAAAUGAUUAUAUCUGAAAAAGAAGAAUCUUGUGACAAUACAAAGGAACAAAAAGAAUCUUCUGAAGAAAUAGAAAAUAAAGAAUGUUUGGAAUUAGAUCAAUUAGAAUUACACCUUGCAAAAAUCACUGGAGAACAGCAAGAUGUACCAUCUGCUGAAGCUGCCAGUGUUUCCUCAGAAGUAACAAAUGAUGUGCCAAGUACUGAAGACACAGAAAAGUCACAAGAUAUUAGUUUAAUUUUAGAAGACGAUGAGAGCUCUCAUAGCAUAGAAAAUAAGAAAAAAAUAACAGAAGAACAAGUUAUUGAGAAUACAGUAGAAAGUACAGAAUCAUUAGAAUCGUAUAAAGAGGAACCAAUUAUUUUAAUAAAAGAAAAAACUAUUAUUGAAGUAGCAGAUGAAUUAUCCGUAAAAUCACAAGAUGUAACUACAGAAGACACUUUAGAAAUUUAUACAGAUGAAUAUAAAAAAGAAGAUACAAAAGAUUUUUCAGAAGACACAGUCAGCUCAACUUUACCUGGUAUUGAAAUAAAAGAAGAGGAAAUAGAAGAAUCGACUAUAGCUGUAGAAUCAUGUCAAGACAUCACAUCAGAAGAAGUUAUUCAUACAGGAAUGGAAUCUGUAGAGAUUAACACCGAAAAUGUAUUUGACACGAAACAGACAGAAAAUGUGUCUCAAAUUAUAAAACAAGAAAUAAAAGUAGAAGAGACUCUAGAAACUACAGAUUCUUUUAUUGAAGAGAAAGUUUUAAUAAAGGAUGAGCUCCAAAUAAAAGAAGAGAAAGAUGUCAAUAAAAAAUGUAUAGAAAUUGAACCAACUAUAAAAAAAGAAAUUACUACAGAGUCUAUUGUCAGUGCAGGAGAAGAAACUGCAGAAUUAGAUGAAGAAGAAUCUUCUUUAAGCAAAUUAAGCGGUGGACGUGCUAUGAAAACAUAUUCAAAAAAACAAACUGUUGCUGUAGAUAGUGAAACAGAAAAUGAAAGCACUGGAGAAGGUGCUGAUUACAGAGCAUGGAAGAAAGCAGUUAUGUUAGUUUAUAAUCGAUUAGCUACACAUAAAUAUGCAUCUGUAUUCUUAAGACCUAUUACGGAAGAUCAGGCACCUGGAUAUCAUUCUGUUAUUUUUCGACCUAUGGAUCUUUCUACUAUAAAAAAAAAUAUAGACAAUGGGACAAUCAGAUCAACUACACACUUCCAACGAGAUGUUAUGCUUAUGUUUCAAAAUGCUAUUAUGUAUAACAAACAUGAUACUUUCAUAUAUAAAAUGGCAGUUUCUAUGCAAGAAGAAUGUUUACAACAUAUGCAGAUUUUAGUUCAAGUAACAGGAGAAGGGACGUUUCGUAGAGAAACAAGAACUGCAGCAAGUAGCAGUAGCGAAGCUAGUGAAAGUAGUGUAAAAAGAAAAAGAAGUCAUAUUACUCCAAGUCCACAUGACACUGAUAGUCCACGCUCUAAAAAGCGUAGAAAAUCAGAAAAUGAUUAGACUUAAGAAAAAGAAUUAAUCUUAUUUUUAUUAGAAAAAGAUUAUUUUUGUUAAAAGAAGAUUAUCUUAUUUUUUGUAUUAUAGAAAUUUUUUACAUUGCAAUUUAAAAUGAAUUAAUUUUAUGUUG